AUGGUGGAGUUUUUUGUUGGAAAUGGUGUUUGUGGUUGUGGUGCUAAUGACGACAUGGACGUCGCGACAACGACAGUGAGGCUCCCUACCAGAGGAAGAAAUUGGGGAUUUGGGAGUUGGGACCCAGUUGAAUCCAAUCACAGUAGUCCGAUAGUGGAAGACGGUGAAGAGGGAGGAUUCAAAUUGAGCAAAAGGUUUUCAGACAAAGAAGGAGAGGUUGAUUACAAGACCAAGGCGGGUACAGCAUGGUCACACUCGUUCCUCAACCAGAAACCAUGGCACCCUCUUUCAUAUCCCAAUCAGCGACGCAAGUGGAUCGCCGAACAAACCCACCCCCAGAAACAGCGCCGCACGGAGGAGGUGGCCCGCGAGUAUGCUCAGGAGCAGGAAUUGUUUCGGCAGACUGCGCACAUCUCCAAGAAAGAGAAAGAAAAGUUGGAGAUGAUGAAAGCUGUAAGCUUUAUGUAUGUAAAACCUCCCGGUUACAAUGCGGAGAGUGCAAAAGCUGCUGAGAUGGCGGAAGAGAGAAAGCAGGAGCAGGAGCAGGAGCAGGAGCAAUGUAUCAAAGCCUCUGAGGAGCCAUCUCUUGCUGGAGCCUCAUCAUCAAUGAUGACAGAAUCUAUGCCCUCUGCUCAGGAGAAAAAGAAACCAACGCCUAAAGAUGUAUUUGGUCACGCUUUACCAACAGAAGAACAAUUUGAAGUCCUUAAAAAUGCCCCAAGGUUAGAAACUGGUGCUCCUGCCAGGGUGAAACCAUUUGGAGUCGAGAUACGGAAUGUGAAAUGUCUGAGAUGCUGA